AUGCAGCGCCUCAGGGAAGGUAUUCACAUACGCACCAUGAAGGCAAAGAGGAAAGUGGAGGAAAUUUCCAAAGAGGAUGUCCAGGCUUUCCUCAAGAAGAAUGCCUUUGUGCUCUUUACAGUUGGGGCAGUUAUUGUAGGUAUUGCUCUGGGAUUCACACUGCGGCCAUAUAAAAUGACAUAUCGAGAAGUGAAGUACUUCUCCUUCCCCGGUGAGCUCUUAAUGAGAAUGCUUCAGAUGCUUGUUCUCCCCUUACUGAUCUCCAGUCUAAUAACAGGAAUGGCAGCCCUGGACAGUAAAGCCUCAGGAAAGAUGGGAAUGAGAGCCGUGAUUUACUACAUGACCACGACCUUUAUCGCAGUUUUCGUUGGUAUCAUAAUCGUCCUUAUCAUCCACCCUGGAAAAGGAUCAAAAGAUGAGUUUGGAAAGCAGCAGACGAUAGAGCAAGUCAGUCCUGCUGAUGCCUUCUUAGAUCUGAUCAGAAAUAUGUUCCCACCAAAUUUGGUCCAGGCCUGCACACAGCAGUUCAAAACCAAAUAUGGAAAGCGAGUAGUCCAUGUGACUAUGACAGUGAAUGACACCCUCUUCAAUUCAACCAAUGGCACCCAGGAGGUCAUGGAGAUCACCCGGGAGGAAGUGAUCCCAGUGGCAGGUCAGGUGAACGGUGUCAAUGCUCUCGGGCUGGUGGUCUUCUCCAUGUGCUUUGGUCUAAUAAUUGGCAACAUGAAGGAGCAGGGCCAGCUCCUGAGGGAUUUCUUUGACAGUCUCAAUGAAGCUAUCAUGCGCCUAGUUGCCAUCAUCAUGUGGUAUGCUCCUGUUGGUAUUCUGUUCCUGAUUGCAGGAAAGAUUGUGGAGAUGGAUGAUCUGACACAGAUGGGUGGCCAGUUGGGCAUGUAUACCAUCACAGUUAUCAUUGGUUUACUGAUUCAUGCUGUUCUUAUUCUUCCCACUCUAUAUUUUGCCAUCACUCGGCAAAACCCUUUUAUCUUCAUUGCUGGGCUCCUGCAAGCUCUAGUAACAGCCCUGGGGACCUCCUCCAGCUCAGCCACCCUCCCUGUCACCUUUAAAUGUCUGGAGGAAAACAACAGAAUUGACAAGCGAAUCACGCGUUUUGUUCUGCCUGUUGGUGCCACCAUUAACAUGGAUGGAACGGCUCUGUAUGAGGCACUGGCAGCCAUCUUUAUUGCCCAGGUCAACAAUAUGGAGAUGAACUUUGGUCAGAUCAUCACCAUCAGUAUUACAGCAACUGCAGCCAGUAUUGGAGCUGCUGGCAUUCCUCAGGCAGGCCUGGUAACCAUGGUGAUUGUUCUGACCUCUGUUGGACUUCCUACUGAUGACAUCACUCUCAUCAUUGCAGUUGACUGGUUCCUGGACCGUCUGCGUACCACGACCAAUGUUUUGGGGGACUCAAUUGGAGCCGGCAUUGUGGAGUUUCUGUCUAGACAUGAGCUCCGCAGCAAAGAUGUGGAGAUGGGAAACUCUGUACUGGAGGAGAAAGAGAGGAAGAAACCUUACAAGCUCAUUUCCCAGGAUAGUGAUUUUGAAAAUGACAAACGCGCUCACCUUGAAUCAAACAUGUAGUUCAGCCUUCAACAUAUUGCUGCAUCUGUUAACUUCUACAAAUACUUACAGCUGGUUCUGUUUUGACGAGUAGGGACCUAAUUAUGAGAUGGUGUCAUCAACCAUAGUUUUACUGUCAUAAUUUCACAUUUUGGAUUUGUUAACAUUCCUUAAUUGUCAUGUCCAGCAAGCUAAUUUCUUACAUUCCUAUUUAAUCUAAAAUUACAAAGAUGAACAUCCUUUAAUAUAUGCACCCAUCAUUUGUUUAAAAUAGGAGCAAUAGUUUCUGUUGUGAAUAUUUAUAAUUGUUUAUAAUUGAGUAUUUUAACUUUGCAUUACCCUCAAGCAGAAGCUGAGCUGAAAGUAGGUUUUGAUUAGUGAAGAUGAAGAACUUAAAGACUGAAGUAAAAAAGGUGUUUGGAAUGUCAUUGUAGUUGCAUUCCUAAUUAAUGAUAUCAACAACUCAGUUCUCAGUGGUCAAAAGUUUAGUUAUUUAUAUCAAGAAUGUAAUUCUUAUGGUGCAAAUUUUCAUUGUUGAUAUCUGCAGUUUCAUUACAUUACAGAAUUCACCAACAGAAUUCUAGAUAUUUAAAAUUCAGGUCUGACUAGUCAACAUUUAAUUACAGAUAUGUCUGCUUGAAUUCCAACUGAAAAGAAUAUAUAUGCAAUAAUUGAUAUUAGUUACAAUCCUUUUUCAACAUGUGAUUGUUAUUCUUACUAGUGAAAAAGGAAUUGCUAAUAUCUAUAAUUAUUUAAAGAUAUUCGUGAAUCGGUUUUGACAGGUAAAAAAGUUAUUUUUA